AUGACGACCAACGAUUUUGAGAAGAACGCGAAGAAGGCAUCCGCUUUUUCUUCGGCGGUUUCUCCGUCCUCGAAAAGAAGAAGAAGAGGAAGAAACGACAAAAUGUUGGAUUUUUCUUCUUUUCUGUGCGUUGCUUUGUGCUGCGUCUUCCUUGCCUCCUGGGCGCCAACUUCAGCGCACGCGGCGGCGAAAGCGAUAACGUGGGCGUAUAGCGCGCAAACGGUGACCAUGUUGACGACGGACACGCUCACGAUUUCAUGGAGCAAUACUCACGAUGUGUAUUAUUCAACAACCGGGACUUGCAGCGGUGGAACAUCGAAAGCGGCUUCGUCGAGUUCGGGUUUGUACACGACGACAAGUGGUCAGAUGGGUGUCGGGACGCACUAUUUUUAUUGUUCGAUCGGCACUCAUUGCGCGGAUGGGAUGUACGUCACGGUAAACGUCACGAAAGGGAACAGCGCGAUCUUAAAUCCUUCUGAUGUAUCCUACACAGCAACGGACAUAAAUGGGGCAACAAAGGCGGCGGAUUGGAAUACGGAUUGCUCGUGGGGAGGCACCGGCUCGUGCGGCGCCGGUUAUUGCACAGAUAUGUCGACUAAACCGAAGUGCGAUGCCAAUCAAUUAAAAUCCCCGAACGUGGCGGCUACAAGCAUUGACUCUGCAGAAGAGCUUGCGAAAUACACAGCACAGACGUGCACGCAAGCGGAUUCAACGGUCGAUGAACGCUGCGGCGCGACGUGGUUGAAUACUUGGAUGUCCGCCGGACGUUUAGGCACCGGCGGCGCCGUCGCGGCGUAUUGCAACGACAAAUACCUCGUCAUUAUCGGGACGGGUGCGACUGGAUUUACGACAAAUAUGGCGGAUAUUUCGCAAGCACCGGGAGGAACAUACUAUCCGGAUGGUACGACUGCAACAGAUUGCGUGACGAGCGAAGUGACGGUAUCAUCUCCAAAAAUGGAAACGACGGCAAUUCCUUUGAAGACAGGCGAAUAUCGCUACACUUUGUUGGAUACUGCCCUUGGUUCAAAUAAUUUCGAUACUUUUUCCGGAGGAGCAGGCGAUGGAAAUACCAAAUACUUAUGCGAUACCGACGCUGAAGGGUGCUUCGGACUUCCAUCUUGGACGGGCGUCGGCGUCAGUACGACGGGACAGUCAAUCUAUCCCUUGUACUCCAAUGUCGUUCGAAUCACUUUGGACGCGUGCGAAGUCGAUAGUUGCAACGAACACGUCGGGCAAGGUGGUGGUCAACCGCAUUUACACGGCGACCCAUUCCACGCGAGCGAUACGAUGUGUCAUUAUGGACCCGCGAAUUAUACGGAUGGCACUGACGGUCAUCCUCCGGUGAUAGGAUUUGCGUACGACGGUCCGACCAUUUACGGGCGAUAUUUAAGCACGUCCGCUCCUGGCUUCAGCGAUGGUCUCGACGAUUGCGGUGGUCACGAACACUCCGCCGACUCGACGGCGUAUGGAGGAUAUCACUAUCACGCUCAAGUCAUUUCUGCGACAACGUCUUCAGGGAAUAAAGGAGUUAAUAAGAAUGCAAAUACGGGUAAAACUUAUCCGGCUUUCACCCCUGGUCCAUACAAGUGUUUCCGUGGAGACCUUAGUAAACGUGGAGAUGCAGACUACAGCUAUUGGAGCACGAAUGUGCCGGUGCAAGAUACAAAACCAUGCAACGGAAUGACGCAUUAUUGGGUGAAACCUGGCUUAAGUAUUCCCGGAGCUGGAACUCUGGCGGUGACAUUAGCCACGUGCGACGCUUCGGCGGCACCAACCAACGGUGCCGUGGGUACUUGCACGUCGACACUCGCGAGUGGUUCUACGUGUCAGCCUACCUGCAAUACCGGCUAUACUGUUUCGGGCACGAGUUCGUGUUAUGAUGGCACUUUGACCGCCGCGACGUGUUCGGCUAGUCCGUGCGACGCUUCGGCGGCGCCAGCAAAUGGUGCCGUGGGUACUUGCUCGUCGACACUCGCGAGUGGUUCUACGUGUCAGCCUACCUGCAAUACCGGCUAUACUGUUUCGGGCACGAGUUCGUGUACUUUGGGCGCUUUGACCGCCGCGACGUGUUCGGCCAAUCCUUGCGACGCUUCGGCGGCGCCAGUAAAUGGUGCCGUGGGUGAUUGCACGUCGACACUCGCGAGUGGUUCUACGUGUCAGCCUACCUGCAAUACCGGCUAUACUGUUUCCGGCACGAGUUCGUGUUUGGCGGGCACUUUGACUGCCGCGACGUGCGUUGGCAAUCCUUGCGACGCUUCGGCGGCACCAACCAACGGUGCCGUGGGUACUUGCACGUCGACACUCGCGAGUGGUUCUACGUGUCAGCCUACUUGCAAUACCGGCUAUACUGUUUCGGGCACGAGUUCGUGUACUUUGGGCGCUUUGACCGCCGCGACAUGUUCGGCUAGUCCGUGCGACGCUUCGGCGGCGCCAGCAAAUGGUGCCGUGGGUACUUGCACGUCGACACUCGCGAGUGGUUCUACGUGUCAGCCUACCUGCAAUACCGGCUAUACUGUUUCGGGCACGAGUUCGUGUACUUUGGGCGCUUUGACCGCCGCGACGUGUUCGGCCAAUCCUUGCGACGCUUCGGCGGCGCCAGUAAAUGGUGCCGUGGGUGAUUGCACGUCGACACUCGCGAGUGGUUCUACGUGUCAGCCUACUUGCAAUACCGGCUAUACUGUUUCGGGCACGAGUUCGUGUUUGGCAGGAACAUUCACUACUGCAGAAUGCUCUGUCGCUCCGUCGCCUCCGCCGCCAUCUCCUCCUCCUCCGGCUGCCGCGGCUGUGCAGGCGGAAAUGCAGCUCACCGGCUACAGCGCGGCUGAGUUUGACGACGAUAAAAAAACUAAUUUCAAAACCGGAAUGGCAAAGUAUUUAGGCGUCGAUUCUGCCGCGAUUACGAUUACGUCCGUUGUAGAUGUUACUGCUGGUCGAAGAAAGCUUUCGGCAGUCGAUUCUGUGUUGAAAGUCGAAUUUACCGUGGAAGCGACCACAUUUUCCGAUACUACAGCUCUCGAGACGAAAUUGGUCGUAACCGAUGUGACAACGAUGAAGACAGAAUUAAUUUCUGCUGGUUUGGCCGUAUCUAAUAUCGUUGCACCGACGACGAUCACAGCCUUGGCGCCGCCACCAUCGCCACCACCAUCGCCACCUCCUCCUGCGUCUACGUCACCUCUUUUGAGCGUCGUCAAACUUAUCGCGGCAACUGCCGCGCUCGCAUUCUUUGCGUGUUAA